AUGGUUGAUCUCGAUUCACAAUCGAGUCAUCGUCUCAUAAUACCGUCAGGCACUAGUACUCAUCAACCAUCGGCUUUUCCUGUACAACAAACGUUUGUUUUUUCAUCUGAUCUAACUACCAAACAAUCUCGUUUACCAUCAACAAUGACAACAACGAAUUUGAAUGGUCUAACGACUAUACAUUUUCAACACCAUCAAGCUCAUUAUUUAACAUCAUCGUCGUUUUCAUCCACAAACGUUUCUAGCAGUUCGAAUAUUGAGCAAAUUUCACUUCUCAGUCAAACUGAUAUCACAUCAUUUACAAUGAUUAAUAAUAAACCGAAUGAAACGAUAGUUGAGGGAAAAGAAGAUAUGAGUAUGACUGUUCUCAUUGCUAGUUUGAAAUAUCGUUUACAAGAAGAAUUAUCUUGUUUAACAUCUUUAUUAGAAUGUUGCUCUGGAGACGGCUGA